AUGGGAAUAAUAAAGCAGCCAGCUAGUCCUUGGUGUAGUCUAAUUUGGCUACUUUGUUACUCCCUUUCUUUAGCCUGGGGGAUUCCUAGUGUUUUUAAAGAUGCAGCCGUAUUAGGGGACCAUAGUCAACUAAAUUGUGGUUGGACAAACUUGCAGUUCACCUUUCCUGCGAACCGAACUGAGCUGAUUUCCCUACUGAGUGCUUUGGAUUCGGCAGGAUGGCCUCAUCCUCUGCCCAACUCUACAUGCGGUGUCCUGGUUCAUCAGAAAGAGGAUGGGUCCUUGACUGUCACUGCUCCUUACACUGGGUGCUUUUUCAUCAAGAAGGAUGGCUAUUUCCUGAUGACUAUCAGGAUUGAAGGAGUAGAUGCUACUGGAAAGACUGUCUUGCAUGACGAAGAACUGAGAUGCCCAAUUGACUUGCCAGCUCUAGAUGCUCCAAGUAACAGCAUGUGCACAGCUGUCCUGCACCCAGACAGGCUGCCUUGUGCCCCGCCACCUGUCUCUCAGGAAGAAUGUGAAGGGAAAGGCUGCUGCUACAAUGUUGGUGACCCAGUUGCUCCUUGUUACUAUGGCAACACAGUGACUGCACAGUGCACAUCUGAUGGCCAGUUCUCCAUUGCAGUCUCUAGAGAUGUGACUUUGCCACCACUGAUACUAGACUCUAUGCACCUAGUCAGUGGACUUGGCAGCAGCUGUGCCCCUGUGGCCAAGAGCAACACCUUUGUCCUAUACAGAUUUCCACUCUCAGCUUGUGGAACCACUUUCCAGGGAGUUGGAGACCAGGGUGUUUAUGAGAACCAGCUGGUGGCAGACAGGGAUGUCAGAAGCUGGAGCAUUGGGUCUGUCACCCGGGACAGCACUUUCAGGCUCCUUGUCAGCUGCAGCUACUCCACUGGGGACUUCAUCCCACUCAAUGUGCAAGUCUUCACCUUGCCACCACCUCUUCCAGCCACUCAGCAUGGCCCUCUGACUCUGGAGAUGAGGAUUGCCACAGACCAACGCUAUAGUCAAUACUACGUCAGCAGUGACUAUCCCGUGGUGAAACUUCUGCAGGACCCAGUCUACGUGGAGGUCCGGAUCCUGCAAAGAACAGACCCAAGACUGGCUUUGGUUCUGCACCAGUGCUGGGCUACCCCAAGCACUAAUCCUCGGCAGCAGCCACAGUGGCCCAUCUUGGUGGAGGGGUGUCCAUUCACUGGUGACAACUAUCAAACCCAGCUCAUCCCUCUGGGAGCAGCUUCAGGGCCACAGCUGCCAUAUCACUACCAGCGCUUCCUCAUCAGCACCUUUACCUUUGUGGACUCUGCCUCUCAGCAGGCACUCAGUGGACCGGUCUACUUCCAUUGCAGUGCUUCAGCCUGUGUCCCAUCUGCAGUGGAACCAUGCCUUGCUCGCUGCCCCAUGACGAGAGCAAGAAGAACAUCUGAGAAGCAGGCUUCAGAAAAUGCUCUAAGGAGCCUGGUAACCACAGAAGGACCUGUAGACUUCCAAAAUACUGAAGCAGAUCAGACCCUGGAGCAGAAAGGCUCCCAGCAGAGCAGAGGUCUUCUGUCCCAGGAAUGGGAACGAGUGGUGGUGGUAGCAUUUGGAGCUGCUGUUCUGGCUCUAGUCUGUGUGGGAGUUAAGUAUUGGCAGAGACCGACUCGUAAGCAAAAGAAUAGAACACCUAAAUAA